UCUGAUUAAUCGUCAAAAACCCUAGCGAGCCAGCAACCGUCUCUCUCUCUCUCUGAUCGAGCAUUGGAGAGAGAAACUCGAAAUGGUGAAGAGGGAGAAGAAAGCUAAUGUUUCCGGGAGACCGAAGCAUUCGCUCGACGCGAAUCGUUCAGAUGGGAAGAAGAAGAGCGGCAAUGGCCGUAGCGCCGCCACCGUCCGGCGGCUGAAGAUGUACAACACCAGGCCGACGCGCGACACCGGCGGCAAAAUCGUCAGCGACGAGUUCCAGUCGAAGGAGUUGCCGAACACGAGAAUUCAACCCGAUCGGAGAUGGUUUGGCAAUACGCGAGUUGUGAAUCAGAAAGAGCUGGAAUUUUUCAGGGAAGAGCUGCAAAGUAGGAUGUCAAGUAAUUACAAUGUGAUCUUGAAGGAGAAGAAGUUGCCUCUCUCCCUUUUAUCUGAUCACCGAAAGCAAUCAAGAGUUCACCUCCUUGAUAUGGAGCCCUUCGGAGAUGCAUUUGGACCGAAGACCAAAAGGAAACGCCCGAAGCUUGUGGCUUCUGACUACGAAGCAUUGGUGAAGAAGGCAGAUGAGUCUCAAGAUGCAUAUGAGCAGAAGUAUGGAGCGAGUACUUCUUCUGGACAAGGAGAAGAAGAAGACGGGUUCAGGGACCUGGUCAGGCACACCAUGUUUGAAAAGGGCCAGAGCAAACGCAUAUGGGGUGAGCUGUACAAAGUCAUAGACUCUUCAGAUGUUGUUGUCCAGGUUUUGGAUGCUAGGGAUCCACAAGGAACAAGGUGUUACCACUUAGAAAAAACUUUGAAAGAGCAUCACAAGCACAAACACAUGAUUCUCUUGUUGAACAAGUGUGAUCUUGUGCCGGCUUGGGCUACAAAAGGAUGGUUGAGGGUGUUAUCUAAGGAAUAUCCAACUCUAGCAUUUCAUGCAAGCAUCAAUAAGUCAUUUGGAAAGGGUUCUCUGCUCUCAGUAUUGAGGCAGUUUGCACGUCUAAAAAGUGACAAGCAAGCCAUAUCGGUGGGAUUCGUUGGGUACCCGAAUGUUGGAAAAUCAUCAGUGAUCAACACUUUACGCACUAAAAACGUUUGCAAGGUUGCUCCCAUUCCAGGGGAAACCAAGGUCUGGCAAUACAUCACACUCACUAAGAGGAUAUUCUUGAUCGAUUGUCCUGGAGUUGUUUACCAGAGCCGCGAUACUGAGACAGAUAUUGUUCUUAAGGGUGUGGUGCGGGUUACAAACCUGGAGGAUGCAGCUGAACACAUUGGAGAAGUUCUGAAGCGUGUGAAAAAAGAGCACCUGCAGAGAGCAUACAAAAUUAAAGACUGGGAGGAUGAUAAUGACUUUCUGGUUCAGCUAUGCAAGGCAACAGGCAAAUUGUUAAGGGGUGGGGAAGCUGACCUGAUGACCGGAGCAAAGAUGAUACUCCAUGAUUGGCAGAGAGGUCGGAUACCUUUCUUUGUCCCGCCUCCUAAGCAAGAAACCGAAACUUCAGAACUCACCGUGUAUGGUUUAGACAAUGAGGCCGUAGCAGAUAACACUCAAGCCACCGCAGCAUUCAAAGCCAUCGCCAACAUCAUGUCUUCGCAACAACAGAAAACUGUUCCUGUCCAAAAGGACCUCUAUGAUGAGAAUGAACUCAAGGAUGACAAAGCUAAGCACUCACCUGAAUCCAAGGACAAUGGAAAAGAGACCGAUCAUCUCGAACUGGAAGCUAAAGAAGUGUCGUCGGGAAACGAAGAUGAGGAAGAUGAAGUCUCUUCCGAAAAUGGAGAAGAGAACUGAUAGGAGACUGCAACUGCAGAUUUUUGUAGCUUCUGAUAAAUUUUCGCUGUGGUAAUGCAUAAAGUUCAAGACACUUCGUUUGUAAACUUCCGACGAAGCUUUUAUUAAUCACCAUUACAAUACAUUUUGAGAGUUUAUUAGAA